AUUUUUGAUUUUAUCUUCACUUUUACCAUCCUUUUUCUCGGGAAGAAACUUGUUCCGGAAAGAGCUGCUGGUAAACCGCAGCCCAUCCUCAUGGUACCAUUAGCACUAGCAGCCUCUCUAUCGUGGCUAGAGUUCGGUCAACUCGAGUUCUCCAAUAUCUCACUUUUUUGCGCACCGCUUCUAGCAAUUGCUAGAGCAACAUCACUUCUGACUAUGCAAAAGGCAUAUAUUAGCUGCAGUGAGGAUAACUCUGCAGCACAUCUGGAACAAUUUUGCUUGUACUACGCAGGUCUUACAAGUCUAGCACUAUUCGUGCCAGCUUUAUUCUCCUAUUCAAUGUCUCACGUGGAGGUAGAAGCUAGCUGGGAGUCCAUUGACUAUGUUAGUCCUUACUAA